AUGGUGAUAAAUGCCCAAGGAGAGCUUGAGUCAGAAAAUGAGGAAGAAGUAGAUAAUGAUGAUAUGCCAUCUAUGGAGGAUGCUGACGAUGAGCAAAAUGCUGUGGUUGGAGAUUUAUUGGUUGCAAGGCGAGUUCUCAAUGUGCAGGUUAAGGAGGAAGAAAGUAACCAAAGGGAGAGCUUGUUUCAUACUCGGUGCUUUGUAAAUAACAAAGUUUGCAGUGUCAUUAUCGAUGGUGGGAGUUGCACAAAUGUAGCCAGCACUUAUUUGGUGGAGAAAUUGGCUUUAACUACCUUGAAACAUCCUCAACCUUACCGGCUUCAGUGGUUGAAUGAAUGUGGGGAAAUCAAGGUGACAAGACAAGUGUUGGUGGCAUUAUCCAUUGGCAAAUAUGAGGAUGAGGUGCUUUGUGAUGUGGUUCCUAUGCACGCAUGCCAUUUACUGUUGGGAAGACCAUGGCAGUAUGAUCUGAGGGUUACGCAUGAUGGAUUCACAAAUAAGUAUUCCUUCACUCUUAAUAGGCAACCUAUUACUCUUGUGCCAUUAACUCUAAAACAGGAGUUUGAAGAUGUCCUUCCUGAAGAGGUACCUUAUGGUUUACCUCCAAUCCGAGGGAUUGAACAUCAAAUUGAUUUCAUACCUGGUGCAUCAAUUCCAAACCGACCUGCUUAUAGGAGUAAUCCCGAGGAGACCAAGGAACUUCAGAGGCAAAGAGGAAUUGAGGUGGAUGAGGAAAAGGUGAAGGCAAUCCAAGAGUGGUCAACGCCUACAACAGUCAGCCAAGUGAGGAGUUUCCACGGCUUAGCUAGCUUCUAUAGACGAUUUGUGCGUGAUUUUAGUAGCUUAGCCGCCCCUCUUACUGAAGUCAUCAAGAAAAAUGUGCCGUUUAAGUGGGGAAAAGAACAAGAAAAGUCAUUUAGUCUGAUCAAAGAAAAGUUAACUAAUGCACCUUUGCUUGUUUUACCUAACUUUGCUAAAACUUUUGAAAUUGAGUGUGAUGCUUCAGGCAUAGGUAUUGGAGCUGUUUUGAUGCAAGAAGGCCGUCCAAUUGCUUAUUUCAGUGAAAAGUUGAGUGGGGCAGCCUUAAAUUACCCUACUUAUGAUAAGGAGAUGUAUGCAUUGGUGAGGGCUUUGGAAAAUUGGCAACACUAUCUAUGGCCAAAGGAGUUUGUGAUUCACACAGAUCAUGAGUCUUUGAAGCAUUUGAAAGGACAGCAAAGGUUGAACAAACGCCAUGCCAAGUGGGUGGAAUUCAUUGAAACAUUUCCGUAUGUGAUCAGAUAUAAGCAAGGUAAGGAAAAUGUGGUGGCUGAUGUAUUGUCCCGAAGGUGA